AUGACUAUUUCACGUAGUCAGACAACAACCUUACGUCAUCAGAAAGGCGGUGACGUCAUGGAAGAAAAUGAUGCAAUGGGGUUAGACGAAGCUGAGACAAUUGCCGGUAGCGACUAUAAAACAACUGGCUACCCCUGGCCCUAUAGAGCCAAGGGAAUUAUUUUGUUUACGCUACUACAUAUAGGCGGCGUUAUAGGGCUCUUUUAUCUGCAAAGAAUCAUGCUUCUGACGUGGAUCUUUGGAUGUGCAUUGCACGUAUUCUGCCAGAUCAGUAUCACGGCCGGAAAUCACCGUUUGUGGGCACACAGAACGUACAAAGCUAAACUUCCACUUCGGAUAUUUCUCAUGUUAGGCCAGACAGCCACCGUACAGAAUGAUAUUUUCAAAUGGGCUCUUGACCAUCGUGUCCAUCACAAGUACACGGAUACGGAUGCUGACCCUCAUAACGCCAAACGUGGAUUCUUUUUCUCUCACAUCGGCUGGCUCCUUCUCAACAAGCUUCCAGAAUUUAACGAGAAAAGUAAAAACAUUGAUGUAACUGACUUACUCGCAGAUCCUGUCGUCACAUUCCAGAAAAGGUACUACAAUUGGCUUUGUACACUGAUGGGCUUUGUUAUGCCCGCCCUUGUCCCAUGGGGGCUAUGGGGAGAGGACCUCGUGACAGCAUUUUUCACCGCCGGGAUACUUCGCUGUAUCAUUGGACAUCAUACAACAUUCCUUGUGAACAGUGCUGCACAUACUUGGGGAAACAAACCUUAUGAUAUUCGAAUUGAUCCCGGAGAGAAUAUAGGAGUCAGUCUGCUUACUACCGGAGAAGGAUUUCAUAAUUUUCAUCACGUUUUCCCGCAGGACUAUCGCACAAGUGAGCAUGGAUGGAAGUUUAACCUUUCCACUCUUUUCAUUGAUACAAUGGCAACCAUUGGUCAGGUGACUGAUAGGCGUUUCGUUUCAGAUGACGUCAUCAGAAGGCGACAAAAAAGGACUGGUGAUAAAUGUUGUCAGUGA